AUGGUCGGCGAGAGGGUCAAACAAGAGGAACCGCUCAUCCUUGAAAGGAAAGGAAUAAAGAUUGGAUUCCUUGGUUACUGCGACACUCCAAGUCCAACAAUUAAAAAGAACUGCACUGAAAUGAGAAUGUUGUUCAACUCUGGUCCAGCUAUUUAUGGAGAUGAUAUUGCUACACGAGAUGUCCAACAUUUGAAGAAGGCUAUAUUCGGCUUAAUAGUCGUCAUGAUGCAUUAUGGGCAAGAACUCUUCUUGACGCCGCUUCCCUACCAGCGUCGUAUAAACAAGCACCUGAUGUCUCUCGGUGUGCAUGUGAUCAUUGGAAGCCAUCCACACGUGCUCCAGCCCUACUACGUCAAACAUCGAAAACUUGUAGCAUAUAGUUUGGGAAAUUUCCUGUUCCAUCCGAGUAGAACACCAAGUGGAAAUAGCCCAAAGACGUAUGGAAGACUUGGAGAGAAACCUAAUCAAUACAAAAUAGAGGCUUUCGAACACUUCGUGCUGGAAAAUUCGGGUGGUACAAGAGCGUCGCAAAUGCUGAAAGUUACGGUUUCAAGGGAAGGCGUCGUGGAUGCAAAAUAUUUGCCACUGAAAAUCGCAUUUGAUCUUAAAAGAAAGCGGAUUCAUCCCACGAUUUUAAAGGAUGCAAAAUGGAUCACAGUUUGCAGAAAUAUGGAUAAGAGACAGAUAAAAAGAAAUGGGAGACUCUCCGCAGAUGACUUGAUCAUGAAGACUUCUGAACUCCGAGAGACAAAUAGCUUUUGA